AUGAAGAAAUCUUCAUUGAUUUAGGUAUUGUUUUUGUUAUGCUUGCCACAAGGUAACGAUAGAUUUAAUAGAUUUUUAGCUUAACAAUAUUUUUGACUUCGAAGGAGUAAUAAAAUUACAUUCCCUUCAAGAAUUGUAUAAUUUGGAUACAGAAAGCCUAGAUUGUUCUCCAAGCCUGGAAUAAGUGAGCAAGUCUAUGGAAGCUUGGCAGGAAAUUCUUUCUAACCCUGAUUAGAUAGAGAAUGAUAUUGAUCAGUUACAAAAACUUUAAAUUGCUGUGCAUGAUUACAGAGAAUCAGAAGGGUAGAAGAAAAGUAUACAUAAUUAUAUAUUUUAGCUUUGUUAGAAUAUCAUAGGACAAAGGGUUAUUGUGCAUUUGUGGAAGAAAGAGAUUCCUUUUUCCACUAAUGGAGAGAAUAUGAUCAAAAUUAAUUAGAUCGUUAAAUAACAUUAUUAGAUGCUGCUUCCUCAUAAAAAGAUGCAGAUUAAUGUUGUGAUAAAAUUGGGGAAUUAAUUAAUAAGAUCUUAAGUGAAAGAGAAUAAAUAAGAGACUAAUUUAAAAAAUCGUCGGUAAUUAUUAAAUCAAAUAUCUAGAUUAAAAUUAAUAUCAUAAAUUCUUAAUCUGAUAGAGUGCAAAAUAAAGUUGAAUCAUGUUUUCAGAAUGGUGCUGUAUUAAAAGAAAAUUAAUAAUAAGUGUUUAUCACACCUGAACAAAGGAGGUGCUUCUGAAUUUGAAAAAGAACCGGUUAGUGCUUCAGCAUUAGUUAGUUCAUCUGAUUCUGAAGAUGAUGAGGAAACUUUGAAUAAAAAAUAAUCAUCAGAUUUUACAGAGGAUAAACCUAUUAAAAUUACAGAAGUUGAUGAGAAAGGAGAGGACUUGCUCGAAUAUGGAUAUGGUUAUUGGGCUAGAUUUAUGUUGGCUUAUCCAAAGUUCAUGCCUAAAGGUAAAAAUGCACCAUGGUACUUUGUUUCAAGAUUGUCUGCUAAUAAGAAUACGGCUGAUCUUAUUAUGGGAGACAGGCUAUUAGCUAUAUGGUUAGGUAAGGGGUUCUAUCAUUUCGCAACAUGUGAUUAACCAGAAAUUCAACCCAAUAUUGUGAAGAAUGUUGAUUACCCAGUAAAUUUGCAUAGUAUUUGGACAUACAUUUACUAUUCAUAUAGUACAGAAAAGAAAAAAGCAGUUGCUUAUAUUACAUUUGGAGAAAUGAUUUUAAGAAAAUUUAACAUUAAGUUAUCCAUCCAACAACAAAAUUUGUUAGAUUUACUGUUGGUGGUACAGAUAAUAAGAGAAACCCAGGAUUUAAUGGUUUAUUAAGUGCAAUAUAUUUCAGCACUAAGAAAGGAGUCUACAUUGAUAAUUUUGAAGAUAUGUAAGCCAAAUUAUAGUCCAUGAAAAGAAUACCAAAAAAAAUUAUUCCUGACAAUGUUACAUAUAAAGUAACAACCAAUCCUAUCUCAAGAAAAUCUGAAGACAGAGAAAUACAUUAAAUUAUUGGUACCACUUCAACUCCUAAAUUUCCUCAUGAGUAUGGCAUAAGUGGAUGGUUCAAAUGGAUGCCAACUAAUAAAUAACAAGAUUGGCAUACCAUCUUCAGAGUUUAGAUUCAAACUCCAUCAACUGACAUAUAUUUAGGAGAUAGAACCUCAUCAGCUUGGGUUAGGAAAUCAGAUGGAGGCAAUAUUCAUUUACCUACUUACACUAUAACAGACCUUGAGGGUAAUGGGAAUGCGAAUCUUUUUAAAAACAUUCCUCAUAAAAAUAGACAUAAUCAAUGGUUCUUUCUUUACUUUGGAUACUCUAGACCAUUAUAAAAGGCUAAAGCUUACAUCAAAUGA